AGGAAAGUGGAUCAAAUACCCAAAGUAUAUUACAAACCUGCUGCAAACCCUCGUAGACAAAGGGCGGGUCCGAGUCGCCGAACUUGUCUUUGAUUUCAUGCGCGGCAAUGGGAUUGAAAUGGGCACGAUCCACUGGAAUACUAUGAUUUCUGCAUUGCAGGCCUUUUGCAUUUGCACUGCAAUUCAGCCAACCUUCCUUUUGUAUUUUCAGUGCAAUGUUGACAAAAAGGAUGUUUUGAAGCAGUCAAAGGUAAGUCCUGGAGUGUGGAGUGUGGACCUGUUGGCAGUUGACAUUUCUUCUGAGAAACAUGUUUUGGACCAUGAGUCCCAUAUUCAUUAUUCCUUAGCAGAGCAGGCGCCAAACCUUGUAAAGUGGAUACGAAAGACAGGGCGUGUUGCGAUUGAAAGACGCAUGCAAUCAAGACACGUCGUUGUGUUGUCCCGGUCCACGCCCUAGCUCCCCUAACUGCAGGGGUGGGGUAGUGGUCCGCCUGUCCGCCUAGUGUGUGCCCCUGAGGAUUGAAGCCGGUCCGGCGCAUGGGGAUGUGCCAUAGCCACGGUCCGACCAUACCGGCCCUUUGCAAUCAAGACACGGACGUAAUGACGUAAUACGACCCAUGCGCCUACGCGAUCCUUUGUGAAAACCGGCUCCUCAAACCUGCUCUUGGCAGAUCACGGAUUCUGUCACUUCAACUGCACACUACAGUAUUUGGCAAAACCUGUUUCGAGACAACAUGAGUUCUGUACGUGUGUUUAAGAUUUCGGCAGAGAAAGCUCGACACAGCACCCACACCAGCAAACAAGGGGAACCAUGUGGCACCACUGUCAUUCUUGUUGUCAGUUGCAAGUUAUGCAUGUUGCUGCGCUGAAAGAGUGGUGUGAGACCUGUAUCGGGAACUAUGAUCAACCCAUGCCCCUGUUUCCAAUCCCUCGUCUUUGUGCAAAAUGCAGCCUCCCAUCUCCUCAGGACACACCAGAGACCGGUCUCCAGUGGUUGGAUUGGAUGAAACAUUCAGGUGUGGAGCCUGAUGUUGUCUCUUACAAUGCCGUCCUGAAGCAAUCUCAGCACACAAAGGAUUGGCAGAAAUCUUUGCAGAUUUUGGAAGACAUGACAAGAGAUCAGGUUGCGGCAAACAUCAGAACCUUGAACACUGUAAUAGAUACGUGUGUGCAGUCUGGACAAAGAGCUCUUGCUGUACAACUUGCACUUUCUUUGUACGAAUGGCACCUGGAAGUCGACGUCUUAACGUGCUUAUCCCUCAUAGACGCCUUUCACGAGUAUGGAGGAUGGCAGAAAGCAUUGAGUUUGUUGUUUGGUAUGCCUCAGCUGGAAUUGGAGGCAAACGAGUUUUGCUUCUCAAGUGCAAUGGUCUCGUGCAGAAAUUCUCAUCAAUGGCAGCGGGCAUUCCAUCUAUUCUACUCGAUGCAAGCGUUUCAGCUGCUUCCAGACGCAGCUUGUUAUAGCGCUAUGAUUGGGGCUUGCGAAGAGUCAGGGACGAGCUGGGCAUUGGCCCUGAGCCUUUUGAGGCAAAUGAUGAGAUCACAAGUGGCACCCAAUCACUCGUGCUUCACCAGUACUCUGGUCUGUUUGAAGAUCCCUCAAGAGUGGUCUAUUGCAAUGGAACUGCUUUCAUUCAUGCCACAAUUUGGUAUCAUUCCUAAUCACAUUCACUGGAAUGCUGCAAUGAGUACCUGUGCUACUUCUGACUGGCAGCAAGCCCUUGUACUAAUGAACAUGAUGCGAGACCUCGGUAUACAUCCCGACACUGACACAGUGGCAAUAGCCAUGGAUGCUUAUCAAACUGCGAGUCUGUGGCAGACUGCUUUGAAUAUGUUUAGGUCCAUGCCAACCUUGGAGUUGUUUCCAGGGAUACGGAGUUACAAUAGCGCAUUGAAUACCUUGCACCAGAUGGAAUGUGGAUUUGAAAUCUGGAGCAGCGCGCUCAAGGAAGGGGUAUAUCCCAAGUUGCUUAACAAAGGACGCAACAUUUUGGAUUUGCACCGCUUGUCCCGUGGUGCUGCGCAAAUUGCGCUACGAUGGUGGCUUGGAGAGGUUGUGCCAGAGCUUCUUGAGUCGGAUCCAGCCCGGUACUAUUUGAUAAUCACUGGCCAUGGGAAGGAGCACAAAGAGGGCUCGGUCAUUAGCGACACGACAAGGCAUUUGCUGGACAGCCUUGGACUACGAUUUCGUUUGCCAAACAAGAAGGAGAAGGUGGAAGUACAAGCACAAGCAGCGGGCGAGGACUUCGGAGCUUUCAGUUUGACCAAGAAACACUUGUCCGCGCAAACACUGCGCAGGCAACUCAAGCUUCCGAGUCUUUGGCGGCUUUGGGUAAAAACUGUCCGAGUCUUCACAGUUGCUGCACGGGCAUGGUGAUCGAGCAAGUUGAACAAAACGAGUCGUCGAUCUUUGAGUGUCAGACUGUCAGGCCUCCAGACAGGAUGUCACAAGGUCAGCUUGAACCUGGAAGUUGCAAGUGAGCAAAGAGCUGGAUAUAUUUAAGACUUGUACAAUUAGCAUCCAUUGACGACAUCAAUCAAUCCCAAUAGCCAAUAGCCAAUGGUUUUUGCAUGUGGGACGAGCAAAAAAAACACUGUAGAGUUGUCUCCUUUCCAUUUUGGCUCACAGUUUGUACAGGUGGAUGUUUUAUUUGA